UAGAAUCUCCAGAAAAUGGUGAACAAGAUACCUGAAGAAAAACUGCUAAUUAUUUGGAACGCUUGUUCAAAAUUAACCGCUGAACGAGUCAAGGUCGAUUACGAUCCAGCUCUACGAGAAAUUAACAUGAAAAAUCAGGAUAUGUAUGUUUAUAUCGCUGAAUAUUCUGGUUUGCCGAUUGAAAAUCCUGGAGACAUUGCUAACGUUUAUGGUACUUUAGUUUCUGAAGAAAAAAUGGGAAUGAAACUUCCUGAAUGGGUUCAUAAGUACUACCCGAAAAAAAUGUCGCUACUGAUGAUCUUCAGUCUCACGCAGAACGUGUGGAAUUACAAGCUUCGUCGUCUAUCCGGCGGGCCAUUUUUCACGAAAAUGGUGAACAAGGUGAAGGACCGAUCUACCGGAAAACUGACGCCCAAGUCCCGGAAAAUGUACGCCUACGUAGCCCAUUACAGCACGGUAGUUAAUAUGCUCUCUACAAUGGGUGUCUGGGAUGAAAUAGAACCCGGGUUACUCGUGGAAUUUCACGAGAUCAAGGGCCAGUGGUACGUCCAGUUGUUCUACCGCAACGCGCCUGAUUAUGAGACGCGGCCUCUCACUGUUCCUGGCUGCGAACAUCAAUGUCCGCUGGAGAAGUUCAAGGAACUAAUGGCGCCCAUGAUCAUCGAUAACUACGAAGAUGAGUGCAAAGUCGAUGAUCCGAAUUACGAAAUUCCCCCAGCUCCUCUGGCUUAAAAAUUUCCGAUUAUAAUGAUAAUAAUUAUUAUUUUCAUUAACUACGAACUUCUGUUAUCA